GAUUCUGAGGGUUACUCUCCUGUCAGUUCUCCCGUCCAUCCCUCUAGCUCUACGGCCGAUGAACCAACCAUCAAUAAAAGCUCUGUUGUUGCUAAGUCGUCAGUUUCCAGUGAUGACAAUAAACAAGACAACAAUAAAAGCUCUCUUGUUGCUAAGUCAUCAGUUUCCAGUGACGACGGUAAACAAGACAACCCUCCACCUGAGGAUAGCUACGAGGCACGAAGAGAGGCAAGGAGAAGGGAGAGAGAACUGAAGAAGAAAGAGGAACCAGCUCAGACUAGUGCACCUUCUACUGCAUCUUCAAGUAAUGAUACUAUAACAUCAUCAACUGCCGAGGAUUCUUAUGAAGCAAGACGUGAAGCUAGACGAAAGGCUAGGGAAGAAAGGCUGAAAAACAUGGCAGAUUCUGAGCCAAAGAUGUCCUACAGGGAGAGGAAGGAGAAAGAAGAAGCCAAGAGGAGACAAGAGAGAAGUGCCAAUAAGCAGAAAUGGGCUGAAAUGGAUCAAGCCAAUGGAGGAAAUUCUGAGCGUAGUUUCACUAGGCAGAAGAGCAGUAGUGGACAACAGCAGCUCCUUGCAUGGUGCCAACACAAAACCCGCUAUUAUGAGAAUGUUGACGUCAAAGAUUUCAGUAACAGCUGGAGAGAUGGUCUUGCACUCUGUGCCAUUCUUCACAACUUUGUUCCCGAGCUCAUACCCUACGAUGAUCUCUCGCCUUCUAAUGCUAGAGAGAACUAUACUGUUGCCCUCAAAGCUGCCGAGGAUGCUGGCUUGGAGCGUUUUUUUGAUGUUGAUGAUAUUAUUGCAGCUGGCUCACCUGACCCCAAGAGUAUGAUGACAUUCCUAGCUACCAUCUACUCUUAUUUUAAAUGAAGGGCACAAGUUCAGUAUUAAUCUUCUCUAUCCUCUCAUCAUUCUACAUCGAACUUGUUAAUUUGUGGUGACUCAAGUUUUAUGCUAUUAUUAUUAUUACUAUUAUUAUUAUUAUUAUUAUUAUUAUUAUUAUAUAGUGACAGAUCAAAUUCCUUUCUUUUCAUUUAAUGGCAUGUUGUGUUGUUGUUGACCUUUACUUAUUAUUAUUAAUAUUUUUUUGUGCUUACUAGCAAGUAAUUCAAAUAUCUGUAGAUGUCCCUUUAGUAGCUCACACUAUUUAGUGAGGUAUAUGGUAACUCUAUAGAAGUUUACGAUAAUAAAAGUGAUAACUUGUUUCCCUUAA